CAUGCACUUUGUGCAACUUCUGUCAUUGAUAGCAAUUGUCUAGACCAAUGUCAUCAUCAUUUUCCGCAUCAUUUAUUUUUGUUACAACUUGUAAUCUACUUAUCUGGAUGCAGUUGCCGUUUGCUCAUUGUUAUUUUCAUUUUCUGAUAUGAUAAAUUUAUCAAUAAGUUAUUUUCAUAACGUAGAAGACGAGCUGGUUGCGUAGUGGUAUUCGCAAAACAAGUAGUAAAGAAUUUCUUCUGUUAUAACUACAUAUAAUAAUAAUUUCUUUUUUACAUUAUAUUAUUUCCGUAGAGUUCAAACAAUGAACAUGUUCAUGCUCAUAUUCAUGGGAUUAAUACUUGAGCAAAUUUCACAUUCCUUCAAAUUAUCUCUCCAUAUUUACAAUCAGAAAUCUCUGUAUCAACAAACUGAUAACAUUCAGUUCUGAGAAAAGACACUUUUAGCUAUAGGUAUUGAGAAUUUUCAGUUGGCACAGAGAAUUUGCCAUUAACAAGACUGGUAAAAGUAGAUUGUGACUUCUAUCAAAACUAAUAUACAUAGUAAAGUAAGAUAGAUAUUUAUUAUGUAUAGUCUUCCUAUGCCUUCUGCCAACUUUCUAUUCACACUUACUCAUGCAUGUGUGUUCAUAACAAACCACAAUUGCGUUACAUGUAAUUAACAAGAAAAUGGAAAAAGGCGAAGGUCCGAUGGGUGGUAGUGGCAUACCACCUCCAACAGCUCCUCCUUCAUAUGAUGAAGCAAUGACUAAUGCACCUCUACCUUAUCCUCCACCAAAUUCUGCUCAGUUUCCAAUUCAAGGAAUGCAGAUGCCCAUGCCUGCAUCAUAUGGUCAGCCAUCCACAGCGAUGCCUAUGCCAAUGCCAAUGACAACAUCACAUGCGCAACCAAAACCGCAACAAGUUCAACCUGGAUGUCAAUAUCCGCAGCAGAACAUAGCUCCGCAAGCAUAUGCACCACCGCCUACACAAAUAACAUACGUACAACAAACAGUAGCUUAUGCACUUGGACCAAACUCUGUCAAAAUGACAUGUCCAACUUGCCGUGCCGACAUCAAAACUACAACCGUUUCGGACCAUCAAGCCAGUGCUCACAUUUGUUGUAUAAUUCUAUGCUUGCUUGGGUUUUGUUUGUGUUCGUGCCUGCCUUAUUGCAUGAGUGCAUUCAUGAGUGUGCAUCAUUCAUGUCCAAACUGCAAGACUUACAUUGGUACAUGGAAAGGUUGAAUAUAUUCAUUUUUACUAAUGUGGUUGAGCCUUAGCCAUUCUCUUGGAAGAUGAAAAAAAACUAAAGCCAUAACAUUUUGCCUUGUCCGUACAUUCCUAUCAACUAGCUACUUGCAGGCUACUGCCAUUUCUAGUUAAUUUUUCCUAUUCAAUACAUUUCAAGAUGCAAAUUCAAAGCAUCAUCGUUUAUCUGUACUAUACAAAACAUUGAAGAUAUGUUUGCACCACACCGAAGUAUUUGAACCUUGAGUUGACAGGCAGGAAAUUCAAAAUUGUGUGUAUUAACUAUACAUGCAGUUAUAAGGGCUGUGAGAAACCAAACGCCUGAAGAAAAGGAUUUGACGAGACCACUAGCCAUUGUAUUUCAAUUAAUAAUUAAUAAUAAGUUUUGCAUUUUUAUAGUUAGCCUUCCAUUGGUCACAGAGAGUAUUUAAAAACAUUCUUAAUACUUUCAAAAUUACCUAAUUUUUCGAAAAGCUUAUAAUUUUGUAUCUGAUUCAAGAAAAUUAUCGUUUAGUAAAGUCCCAAAGCCAAUUACUUGGUUCAAAAAGAAUAAAGGUGUUAUAAUUCACCUAUCGCAUUCUUGUCAGACUAUUUGAGUUGAAUAAUAUCAUUUAAUAAUUAGGUACAUUAUAUAUUCUGUUGCCCAAUAAAUUACUAUAUUCCUUAGUUGAGUAGGUUUUUAUUUUUCUACUCUGGUACCAACCACAUGAAGAAAUUGGAACUUAUUGUUCGCAGGUAGAUAUAAUUUUGCAUAGGGAAAAACAUAUUUCGUUAGAUAACAUAAUCAUUGUAGCCAUUAUGCCAAGCGUAACAAAUUGUAGGACUAGAAUUGCUACAUAAUAUAAUAUUUCAUCAAAUAAUCAACAAUGACAUUCUUAUUCAAAAAGACGUAUGACUUUCACCAGAUGGAAAUAGAGUGUAUCAGACCAUGAUAUUUGUAACUCUGGAACUGAAGUUAAAAAUUUUCGGAAUCAAUUUGAUAUUGUCUAAUUCCAAGAACAAAUCCAAUUUUGCUGCAUUUACUCUUUGAAUUGAUUUGAAUAUCGGUGCAGAAUAAAGGAGGAUUAUGCAAUCGGCAUAUAUAUUUUACUCUAAAACAAUAUGGAGAUCUAGAAUAAAAAAUUUUAAUAAAAUGUUGACACAGUCGAUGACCGUUCGUAAAUUAUAUUUCGAAAAUUGUUCAUAUACGGUCAAUAUUGUAUUCAAAUAUGUUUGAUGUGUAUAUAAUCUAGGUGUACAUACAUAUGCGUAGGAAUAAAUGUAUUUUUUUUCAGUCGUAA